AUGUCUGGUGUUCUAUUCUUGGUAUCUUUGGCUUUGCUCGCCGCGUGCUUGGCUGUUCGAGCCAUUAGUUCGAAAGCAGUACCGAGAGUUGCCACAAGAGGUGUAGCCGUGCUCCAGCAAGGGUUUGACAAGACGGAGAGUGUGAAGCCAUCUGCUACGUUGGCCUUCAUACCAACGCCUCCAUCCGAUCAUGCGCUGACACCAGCAAACAUUGACGUGCACGAGGCGCGAGAUCAUAUCUAUGGCAACAAGGUCAUUCGACAUCCGUACCACCAAACGAUGGCUCAUCAGCAAAUGCAACCUGCUGACUGGAUAGAGCCGGACAAGAACUACAAAAGCGAUUUGGAGUGGAAAGCCAAAGUGCUGAAGGCGCAGGGCAAAGCCGUCUGCGACGUUCUGCCAGAUUGCGAGGAAGCUUGUGGAGAAAUGUUGAUUCUGUUGAGCGAGUGGCUCGUAGCGAGGUAUCCCGAAUUGUACGAGUACGAGGCUGGAGACAAGCGAGGCAUCCGCAAUCUGGUCACUGGCGAGACGCACGCGCUCUACAUCGAGGAUCGUGCGCGGCGAGGCGUAGAAGCACUUCGCGUCAUCAGUCGCUUGGUGCAAGACGACUUCUUGAUUGCGCGGCCAUCGUCCUCGGAGGACGGAUCCUGGAUUUGCGCUGGUGGCUUGGUUUGCUUUCCUGGCUUCUACCUCGUCUCGCACAAGAUUGGUCUUUCCUUACACGACACGCAUGCGCCGGUGCCGCAAUUUAACGAGAAGAUCCUGCGCUCGGUAGAGCGAUCUCUGACGCGUCUGAAGCCCGAGGCGCCGAUCGAGAGGACGAGCUGGGAAAUCGUUGAUGAUCCUGAUCACCUCUUUUGGGCGCCAAUGGCAGGACCUUUACCGACAGAGCCCGGUAGAAACGGCGCAGUCGCGGUGCCAAUGAUGCCGGAGCACCGCACCGGGCGACCAAACGACGCGUGUGUGACGGAGAACCCAGCAGACCUUGUACUACGCCUUGACCAUCAGACUUUUAUCAAGCUUCCGAAGAGUGGCUGCGUCUUUUUUGGCAUUCAUCCUAUGCGGCGCAAGUUGUCAGAGUUGGCCACUCUGCCUCUAUUACCUGCCCUCUUGUUGAAAGUGCAUGAAGAGGCGCCGGCGGACUUGAUGGAGUACAAGGCAGCACCGCUCUAUUCCGCCUCGGUCUUGCCCUACCUCAAAAAGCUUCACAACCAGCAGAUUGCUGAGGGGCUGAUUCGUGGCGACGAAGACCCGAGCGACUUUCGGACCGCGAUGCGAGCGCAGUGGGGAGAUCAUGCUGCCAAUGUGGCGAACAGGCAUGAAAGCUGA